AUGAAAGGAUUGAAGAACCGCGUUCUAUCUAGAAAUAAGCCCUCUGACUCCAACGACUCCCAGACACCCUCUAAAUCUACGGCGCCCAACAAAGUCGCCGCCGCUACAGUCGUUGCGCCACACAAGCCGGAAAAGUUGGCUGCUGGAGCCCCGAAAGAGAAGCUGCCAAAGGAGCCACCCAUCAUCACUACCCGGAAAGAGGACACCACCAAGAUGGAUUUGCAGACAUCGACCGGAGCCCACAAAGGAGGCGACAAGGAAAUCCCAAAGAGCGGGCCUCUGAACAGAUUGAAAAAUACGCCAAAGGACACGGUCCCCAUCAGCAAAGCACCUCGCCGGCAACGGUCAUCGCGUUUUCAUGUCACCGAACGCGUCGAAUUAGAGAAACUUCCUGGUUUCAAAGACGUGGUACCCGUCGAACGCCAGGAGCUUCUAAUCAAAAAACUGCAGCAAUGCAGCGUCCUGUUCGACUUUAACGACUCCCUGUCGGACCUGAAAGGCAAGGAGAUCAAGCGCCAUACACUCACUGAGCUGGUGGAGUACAUAAGCAACAAUAGAGGGGUCAUCACCGAGCCGAUAUACCCGGAGGUUAUGAAUAUGUUCGGCAUGAACCUGUUCCGAACUAUACCUCCGCAAGUCAACCCGAGCGGGGACGCCUUCGACCCCGAGGAAGACGAACCGGUCUUGGAAAUGGCAUGGCCCCAUCUGCAGAUCGUCUACGAGUUCUUCCUCCGCUUCAUCGAAUCGCCGGAUUUCAACACCAAUAUUGCGAAAAAAUAUAUAGAUCAGCAUUUUAUUCUUCAGCUUCUGGACCUAUUCGACUCAGAAGACCCACGAGAGCGCGACUUUCUGAAAACGACGUUGCACCGCAUCUACGGCAAAUUCCUCAACCUGCGCGCGUUCAUCCGACGAUCCAUCAACAAUGUCUUUUUCCAGUUUAUUUAUGAGAUUGAGCGACACAAUGGCAUUGCGGAGCUUUUGGAAAUUUUGGGAAGCAUCAUCAACGGCUUCGCUUUGCCAUUGAAGGAAGAGCAUAAAGUGUUCCUGACCCGUGUGCUCAUACCACUGCACAAGGCCAAGUCGCUGACGCUCUAUCACCCGCAAUUGGCAUACUGCGUCGUGCAAUUCUUGGAAAAGGAUCCGGCUCUUACCGAGGAGGUGGUAUGCGGCCUCCUCCGCUUCUGGCCAAAGGUCAACUCCCCAAAGGAGGUCAUGUUCCUGAAUGAGAUUGAGGAGAUCUUGGACGUGAUUGAGCCGCAGGAGUUUGUCAAGAUCCAGACGCCGCUGUUUCAGCAGAUCUCGCGGUGUGUUUCUACGCCGCAUUUUCAGGUGGCGGAACGAGCCCUGUAUUACUGGAACAACGACUACAUCAUCAACCUGAUUGGCGACAACGCGAACGUGAUCUUGCCCAUCAUGUUUUCGUCGCUUUAUCGGAACUCUAAAACCCAUUGGAAUAGGACUAUCCAUGGGCUCGUGUACAACGCGCUAAAGCUGUUCAUGGAGAUCAGCCCGAAGCUGUUUGACGAGUGCACGAACAAGUAUAAGCAGAACCGACAAUUAGAGCGGAAGAAACAAAAGGAGCGCGAAGAAGCCUGGGCGAAGCUGGAGCAGAUCGCGGCCCAGAAUGCGGGCAAAGUCCUGUCUUCCGGUGGCGCGCCGGGCGCGCCGCGGCUGGGUGUUCCGGUUGUGCCGAGUGUGUCGGUUUCUGCGGGAUUGCUCUCGAGCGCCACAGAUGAGACGCCCAGCAAGGCCGAGUUACCUGAGGAUGACCUCCUUGGGAAGGACAUGCAACAAUUCGACGAGCGCCCCACCCCGCAACGCUUCCGCCGUAAAUCCGUCCUCCCCGUCGACGAAACCGUCCUGUCGGAACUCUCCCGUCACCGCUCCCUCGAGGAGCUCACCACCUCAAAGGGCGGGGGCACAGUGCCUGCGACGCCGACGUCUGCUACGGCGCCGAAUUCGGCGUUGAAGAGUCCGGUGGGGACUGUGGCGCAUUAGAUGGGGGUGGUGGGACGAUGGGCGUGGGUUGGACGCUGGAGGGGAGGGGAGGGGAGAGGAGGAUGGGGUGAAAACACUACUUUUUUGUUGAAUGAACACGAUCCCUUUUUCUAUUGCGUGGACAUGAACUCUGCAUCUCGCUCUCUCUCUCUCUCCCUGUCCGACCCCUGCUUUGUGUCUUUUUUGUAUGUGGUUUUUGCUGUGAAGAAAGAAACUUUUGUUUUGGGAACAUC